ACCAAAUAAGCCUUGUAGGGCUGACUUCAAUGGGGAAUGGUGGGGUGAGGCAAACUUGGACGUGGGAAUAAUCUUGAAUAAACCACGCAACUUCAAAAUUACCUCGAAUGUGUUGAUGCACAUUUCUGUAUUCAAUUUGGCCUCUUUUCCGAAACAGAAACAUGUCUAGCUCAAAGAAAUCCGAUCGAGGCACCUCCGUAGCAAACGACUUCAACCAAGCCCUCCAUGAAACCCCCGCAUUUGAAUCAAUGCGAUACACAGCAAACUACAUACGGAUGGCAAAGGCAGAGCUCAGUGCCUCUGAAUACCAGAAUCUCAUGGCAGGGUUUGAAGAGGCGGGUAAACUCUUGCCUGAGAAUUUUAAUCCAGCUGCGGGACUCUGGCCACCGGAGGCAGAAGAUAUUAGUCGACGAAUGGAGGACAUGUUGAAGAAUUAUGAUGAACUCGCUGGGUGUUUUAAAGUCCUUGUUCAGAGUGCGCGGGCUGCGAGUAUGCUUCUCAAGCGCCAGCAGUAAUAGGGCAUUAGUGACACUGAACACUGGCUGGAAUACUUACUUUAAUGAAUUCAUGCCAUUAUUAUACACGAAACAAUGUUGGAUUACUUUGCCUCGAUUAUGGCAUAGCUGCACGUGCCACCCAUAAGACGCUGCAGCUUAUUGUCGUGUUCGCUGGCUCUACUCAUGGCCAAGUGCCGCAGUGUGAG